AUGGUGUCCGGCUGCAAGCGGCCCCGGCCCGACGACCUCGAGUCGCUGGCGUCCGCCCUCCGGGCCUCCAUCCUCUUGGGCGCCUCCGAUGACCCCGUCAACAACGCGCGACUGCUGCGCACCGCCGACGCGCUGCUCCAGGCGGCCCCGUCGCACAACGGGCCGGCGAGUGCCGCGCCCGAUUGCCUGCAUGGCCUCUCGACUGUGGCCAGCGACGCGUGGAGGUACCUGGACAGCGAUGGGGCGGGCGCGCUCAAGCGGGUGUGCUCCGCGGCGUGCGGGAUGGUGGCCUCGAAGGACCGGGGGGCGGUGUGGGCAGCGGCGGAGUUCAUCCAGCGAAUGGCUUCGGUGGCUCCGGACGCACUGAUGCGGGCGCAGGGCCUGGAGCGCGCUCUCGCGUGGAUGCUGUCGCUGGAGGUGACGAGCCCGCUGGCGUUCGCGGGCGUGUGGGUGCUGGGCAGGUUGAUUUCGUCGGCGCUCGGGGUGAACGCCACGCGCUGCGGCGCCGUGGUGGAGGCAGAGGGCGCGAGCAUGAAUGGCGACGCGUCUGCCCUCUAUUGGACGUCGUCGCUGGGCGCGAUUGUGAAUCCAGCGUGCAUAGGGGAGCUGUGCCGGCUGCUGAGGCAUGUGGCCGACAGGUGCACGGUGGCGGACCUCAGGGUGGCCUGCGCCACGAUGCAGGCGCUGUCCAUGCUGCUGCACAACCGGAACUUCAGGCGGGUGAUGAGGGACCUGCUGGGCGUGCUGGAGGGCCAGAAGCUGCUGUUCACGCUGCUGAGGGUGACCAAGGUUGCCUUCCGGUUGCCGUCCCCUCUACUGCUGCAGGCCACAAACGACCUGCUGUGGAGGUAUUGCACGGCCGACCGGGAGAGGCACAAGGAGCUGUACCUGCUGGUGUUUGAGUCGGAGCUGGAGUUCACGGAGAAGGCCACGGAGAGCCGCGAGGCGGUGGUGGAGUGCCUGUUCUGGGUGAACGCCUUCAACUACCCCACCUGCAGGUCCAGCGACGUGGACACCGCAGUGGCGUGGGUCAGGAGGUAUCACUUCCUGUGGAGGCUGUACAGGUACAUGCGGAGGGUACGGCUGGACGAGGAUCACAACUGGUUCCUGGUGUGCGCCAACACCUACGCCAGCCUGUACCCUAUCCUCUUCAAGCUGUCCACGCAGCAGCACUCGCUCCUGCGCCCCUUUCAGAACGAGUUGCGCGACUCGGGGCUGCUGGACAUCACCCACAGUUUCAUUGAUGGUCUGGUGGCCCUGAUCCAGAAGUGUUAUGGGGCGGCAUCCAUCGAGACCCCAGAGGAGCAGCGGGCAGAGCUGGAGGUAAUGUCACUCACGCUGUGCAACGUGGUGUACUUUUACACGCUGUGCAUGCACGACAACAAGGAGGUGUUGCAGUACUGCGAGGUGUGCGGAGCCCUGGACUCGGUGAUGAGCGCGCUGGAGGUGUCGGACCUGAUGUUUGCGGUGGACAACGACAGGGACCUUGUGAGGCUGGCUGCUAGGACCCAGGAGGAGGUCCUGGGCCUGCUGUGCACACUGAUGUUUCAUAAAAUGAACAGAACACAGCCUGAUCGGUGGCCCUUGGACUGGAGCUUCAUUCAAGAUGGGCAAAUAAAGAAGAUCGUAGAGCAGCUUGGGCACCUCGCCCAUCUGGACGUCGUGGUGUUGACCCAGAAGAUAUCUGUUGUCCGAAAGAGGUUGGAGGUGCUCUUCUACCUGUCCCACUACACAAGGAACCUCCUGUCAAGGGCCCAGCCACAGAUUGUGGACGCCCUGAAAAAGGUGAACUACUCGAAAACAUUGGUGAGAUUGAAGCCGAUAGUGGAGGGGCUGCUGAUGCUGAAAGGUGGCACACUGCCAAAGGCGGAUGAAAGGAAUAUUGAAGACAUUGAAAGCUACUAUGUGCUGCUUCAGCACGUCUACCUCCAAACUCAGACUUCUAGGCGAGGGGGAACGCAAGACAAGUAG